AUGGUGCUUUGGCGAUGGGGAGUAGCGGUGCUGCUAGCUUUGCUCUCUUGUAGCACCACCAACGCCGGGAGGUCUACCGGUGGGAGCGGCGACCCUAUGGAUCUCCUGAGCAGCGUGUCCGGCACAUACACGCACUUCGUUGACGACGAUUUAUCCGUUACCGUGAGCUACGACUUGCAGGACGACUCCAGCAUACCGUUCAGCUACCUCACCGGGGUGUCGGUGACGAAAGCCCAAGACCUGUAUCGAAAGACCGCACCUACGGAGCCCCUGGCAAGGCUCACGCUCACCGGCUCCGCCCUCAUCAAGCAGCGGUUACCAUCCGGGGGCGCCAUGAUCGACACGGGCAACAAGACGGUGGGCAUCAACAUUAACCACGCCGCGCGGCGAGCGCAGUUCCGCUUCACUAGAGCGUUCAUGGACGGGCGGUUCAAAGUGGGCCUCAACCCCGUCGUGACGUACGGCGCGCUGCGAAGACGAAGAGUGAACUUCAGCACCUUGGUGCCGCCGUACCGUCCAUUUCUCUCGGAGUCAGGAUUGCCGAGCAUGUCGUUGCAGCAGCGGAGCGUCGUAUGGGACUGGGCCCAGGGGAUGCCAUCGAUAUCCCCCCUUCACGGGCUGGGGGUUGCCCUACGCCUGCAUACAGGCCGGAGGGCAUUGUUGAGCGCCACCCUGUUCGACGGCACGGACCGUUCCAGGUUGUGGUCGGUGCGGGCGGAUGUCCCCUUAGCGAAGCCGUCCAACACUUGCUUCACGGCCGAGCGCGCAUGGCAGGUGCCAACGACGAACACCGGGGCGCGAUGACGUGGCGAUUUGGGUGUGUCGCGCUGAAAAAAGCGAGGCACCCCGCGCGCGUGCACGUGCACCCACGCACUCACGAGUGUUGCUCGACCCUGGGAGGACAAAGGAAGAGGGUAAGGGGUGCUGCAGAAGCACAGCUGGUAAUUUGGACGAGGCGCUAUUAUAGCAGACGUCUGCGCAAGUUUUUCCGCUGCUCAACGCACACGGCGACGCGUAUGUACAGUGAGCACUGGCUGGC